AUAAAGCCACUAACCCAUCUAACAGGCAAGAAGACUGGGAAUACAUCAUUGGAUUCUGUGACCAGAUCAACAAAGAACUUGAAGGGCCACAGAUAGCUGUGAGACUCCUGGCUCAUAAAAUCCAGUCACCACAGGAAUGGGAGGCAGUGCAAGCCUUGACAGUGCUGGAAGCUUGUAUGAAGAACUGUGGGAGAAGAUUUCAUAACGAAGUAGGGAAGUUCCGCUUUUUAAACGAGUUAAUAAAAGUCGUGUCUCCAAAGUACCUGGGAGACCGAGUCUCAGAGAAGGUGAAGACCAAAGUCAUUGAGUUGCUGUAUAGCUGGACAGUGGCCUUGCCAGAGGAAUCAAAAAUCAAGGAUGCCUACUACAUGCUGAAGAGACAAGGGAUCGUUAUGUCUGAUCCUGUGAUUCCUGCAGACAGAACCUUGAUUCCUUCACCUCCACCUCGUCCCAAAAACACUGUGUUUGAUGAUGAGGAAAAAUCCAAGCUUCUAGCCAAGCUGCUGAAGAGCAAGAACCCAGAUGAUUUACAGGAGGCCAACAAGCUUAUAAAAUCCAUGGUAAAAGAGGACGAGGCUCGGAUUCAGAAGGUGACGAGACGCCUGCACACGCUGGAGGAAGUCAAUAACAAUGUGAAGCUGCUGAAUGAGAUGUUGGCUCAUUACAGCAAAGAGGAGUCAUCAGAAGCUGACAGGGAGCUCAUGAAGGAGCUCUAUGAAAGGUGUGAAACCAAAAGAAGGACAUUAUUCAAGCUGGCCAGUGAGACAGAAGAUAAUGACAGCAGUCUGGGGGAUAUCCUGCAGGCCAGUGACAAUUUAUCCCGUGUGAUAAAUUCCUAUAAAAAAAUAAUAGAGGGGCAAGUGAUCAGUGGUGAAGUGGAUCUCCCUGUGAUGUCUGUAGUGGAAGGGAGUAACUCCACAAGUAAUCUCAACACCCUCAUUGACCUUGCUGGACUGGAUGUCACCAACACCCCACCACCUCCAGUGCCACCCCCUGUCCUGCCACCAGCCCCCACAGCAGCCCCAGCAGAGAUUCCCAUUCUCCCACCUCCUCCCCAGACAUUCCCGCAGCCUCGGAGUGGUUCCUCCAGCCAGGGGGAAGCUGCCCCUUCCCAGCAGAACAGCACAGCCAACUCCCUCUCCUUGCUGGAUGAAGAGCUUCUGUGCCUAGGUCUGAAUGACCCAGCCCCUGCAGCAGUGAAGGAGACCUCAGAAAACAAGCAGUGGAGCAUGUUUGAGAAUGACCAGUUGGGCCUGGAUUUCUUUAACCCGAAGAUGGUGACUGUUGCUUGCAACCCUGCAGGGAACCCUCUUCUCCAUCACACAUCACAGACUACAUGUGGAACGUCAGCAGCGCUGCCCUCUGCUUUCACAGCCUCUCAGACUGCUCCCAGCAUCCCAGCACCAACCUCAGCACCAUUUGUCUUCUCUGCUGGACCAGCUGCCCCUGUGGGGCCUCCUAAGACUAUUCCAGCUGCUCCUGGGUACUUCACCUCAUCCGUGGGGAGCAAUAUGUCACAUAAGAUGGAUGCAUUGGGACAACUCCUUGAAGAAGCCAAAGUGUUCUCUGGGGUUACUUUGCCAACCUCCAUCACUUCUGCCCCAUUAAUAGGACCUACAGGGCUGCCAGUCACUGCCCCUGGAGCCCCUCCAGUUCCUUUCCCAAGCAGCUGCACUGCAGGCUCAGGAAGUCCUCUCUUCCAGCCAGCAUCAUUCCAGCAGCAAGGCAGUCCCAUGAGAGCACCUGAAGUUUCUUUGGCCAAUGUCCAUGUUCCCUUGGAAUCCAUUAAGCCCAGCAGUGCCCUCCCAGUGACAGCCUAUGACAAGAACGGCUUUCGGAUCCUCCUGCACUUUGCCCGGGAAUGCCCACCAGGAAGGUCGGACGUGCUGGUGGUGGUGGUGUCCAUGCUGAACACAGCACCUCUUCCUGUGAGGAACAUCAUGCUGCAGGCUGCUGUGCCAAAGUCCAUGAAAGUGAAGUUACAGCCACCCUCUGGCACUGAGCUGUCUCCAUUCAAUCCCAUCCAGCCACCUGCUGCCAUCACCCAAGUCAUGCUCCUGGCAAACCCUGCAAAGGAGAAGGUGAGGCUGAGGUACAGACUGACCUUCACACUGGGAGACCAGCCCAGCACAGAGGUCGGUGAAGUGGAUCAGUUUCCCCCAGUAGAGCAGUGGGGACAUCUAUGACCUUAGGACACUGCCAGAGACUCUGUGACAGGACCAGGGAAGGAUCCCACAGGACUGGAAUGAAUGUGACCUGGGGAGGGACACACAUGCUAUCCACUGGUGAUGUUCAGCUUUGUUUACAUGUUCUGACCACUCUGCUUGAAGCUUUCGUCCAGAAUGUUUUGCCCCAUGUCAAAGGGGUCCUGGGACAUCUGUGCCAAGCAUGAACUGAGUGGCAGCUGGUUACAAGAAGUGCUGGUGGCUUUUAUCUUGACCUCUGGGUGAAUCUGGUUCUAUCUCCCCUCUAUUAAACUUGAAGUUACUGUAUAUUGAGGGCAGACCUGUCAGCAGAAGGGGAUUUAGUUGCUUUGUUCCUGUGCUGCUGUCUGGAGAUACCUACAGGCUGGUGGGUGGUGGUACCACCAUGAG